UUGACCACAUUUAAAAAAGGUCACUAUUGUUGGAAAGCUUGUUAAACAAAGAAACAGAAAAAUAGGUUUCACAGUUAAGGUGUAUUUUUAAUCCAUCAAAUUCGUGACGGGAAAUUGGAGUAAACAUGAUUGAGUGGUUUUGUAAACGUGCCACAUUUUGUGACUCAAUCUGAACAUUUUGAGGCUUUGGAUCAGGGGUGGCCACACUUUUUCUGCAGUGAGGACAGACCGUCGCCAAACAAGCAACAAAGAGCACACUGUCGGAGGAAGAGACGCACAGAUCGACUCGGCUACAUCCAACUGACCAGUAUGGGACAGAACCAAGACAAAUUAGAAAGUGAAGAACAGCAACAGGAUGCAGACGGCCAUGAAGAUGAUGUCAUAGAGGCUGAAAGCACAUAUAAAGAAGAGGCAGGGCAUACAGAGGAAAAUUCUCCAGAUUUGGAUGAAAGCGAGCCAAUAACAUACUCUGUUGAGAAGCACACAAAUUUGUGGGUGAGACAGUUUGCUGCGAGCAAUACCAACCAGGCAGGAGUGGUAGGAAAUGCCACUCCUCCACAGGGUUCACCAGACAAGCAAAAAGGUAGAGUAAGGAGCGAGCAAAGUACAAGGACAUACAAGCAGAAAAGUACAGAGGAGGAGCUUGAAGCAUACUCAAGGAUCAAGAUGGAGAACCAGGCCGAGGAAACUUUGGAGUACCAAAGCAACUGCCAAAGGUAUGACCACAUUGCCAACCCUGGGGAUGCAAACACUUUUGAAGAGGAAGCCAUUGUGGCAAUCGGGAGGUCUGUAACUCAACUGGCAAAAAGUGACGAGUUCUUACAUACACUGGAUGAAAAUGUGACCAUGAUGGGUGAGAGUGGCCUUAUUAAGCAAUGUGUGGACCACUUGAGUGAGCCCAAUGCUCAAUCCCUAAACAUACUGCAGAAAGAGUCUUUGAUGAAUGUGAGCGAUGCUGUUGAACAGAGAGCAAACAAGACGUUGAAUGACGCCGAAAAAGAAAGGUCAGCGAGAGCUCUUCUGCAGAUGGAAGCAGACCAAGGCCCACCUUCAUCAAAUCCAGAUGCAGCUGCUGAGCCCAGUUCUAUUUUGGAGAAGCUCUUGAAGAAAAACCAAAAGGAGGCUUCUUCAUUGCUAGAGGGAAUACAAGAGAUGGGAGUCGAUCAAUCUGACUUGGAGAAAAAAGCCAUCAGGUUUGAUGAAAUAAAUGCACCAGAAUGUGGCACCAAUGCUUUGGAGGAAACAUCACAGGCUGACUUUCAUGUGGAACAUCCUGCUGACUGUUUGACCGCAAAAUCAAUUUUUUGUGAAACAAAGACUGCAGCCAUCAAAGAGAUGGAGAUAAUGCCAACUACAGGCACCUUUAACGAUCAUCUCUCCAACCAUUUCCAAACCACUGUUUCGCAUGAGAGUCCAUCAUGCGAGAUGGUGAAGGAGACUGCACCAUGCUUUGGGUCUACAGACGUGAAAAAGGACAAACGGAUAGAAGACUUUAGCAAGGUUCUCACCAGGAAAAAUGUGGAUUCCGGCCUAAAGACAGAAGAAAGCCACCACAGCACACCUGGUGUAAAGCACGAGCUCCUUCUCGUGACAGCCGACAAAGAAACACCAGAGCAACCUGAUAAAAAAGCUGUCCAAGAACAAAGUGAUGAUGGCGUUCCGAUGAGGGAAAUGUCCCCCAACACUCUCAGGUCGAGGCCUGUGUCCGAUCUCAUCAAGGAAAACAUAGAACGGCACGAGAAGCUUCAGCAUCAAGAUUGGUCCAAGCCCCCUGAGGUCAAAGGGGAAGAGCACAGCCAUGUUUUAAAGGUCCCUGUAUCGCAGAUAAAGGCGGCGUUUGACUCACCUCAGAAAUCCUCCGACAAAGCCCUGGAGAGGAAGGCGUCUGUGAGAAAAGAUAUGAAACGAGGUGUUGUACGGCAGAGCAAAUUCCGUCACGUCUUUGGCCAGGCGGUGAAAAAUGAUCAGUGCUACGAUGAUAUCCGGGUUUCUCGAGUCACAUGGGAUAGCGGCUUCUGUGCAGUUAAUCCCAAAUUUGUUGCCAUAAUUAUUGAAGCCAGCGGCGGUGGAGCCUUCCUUGUUCUCCCUCUUCACAAGACGGGGCGUAUCGACAAAGCCUACCCCACAGUGUGCGGUCACACUGGCCCAGUGUUGGACAUUGACUGGUGCCCCCACAAUGAUCAUGUCAUCGCAAGUGGCUCUGAGGACUGCUCAGUGAUGGUGUGGCAAAUUCCUGAGAAUGGCCUCGUCAGUCCCAUGUCUGAGCCUGCUGUGGUAUUGGAGGGACACUCCAAGCGAGUUGGCAUAGUCACGUGGCACCCUACAGCACGCAAUGUUCUGCUGAGUGCAGGGUGUGACAACGUGAUCAUGAUCUGGAACGUGGGGACGGGCCAGGCCAUGAUCACCCUGGAUGAAACUGUGCAUCCUGAUGUCAUUUACAACGUUUGCUGGAACCGCAACGGAAGCCUCAUCUGCACUUCCUGCAAAGACAAGUCUGUCCGUGUUAUUGACCCACGCAAGGAGGAGAUAAUUGUCGAGAAGGAAAAGGCACACGAUGGUGCUCGCCCCAUGAGGGCCAUUUUCAUGGCUGAUGGAAAAGUGCUCACCACCGGUUUCAGUCGCAUGAGUGAGAGACAGCUCGCCCUCUGGGACACGAAAAACAUGGAAGAGGCCAUAGUUGUCGAAGAGCUGGACACCAGCAAUGGCGUGCUUCUGCCCUUUUAUGACCCAGACACCAGCGUUGUUUACCUUUGUGGAAAGGGUGACUGCAGCAUCCGCUACUUUGAAAUCACAGACGAGUCUCCGUACAUUCACUACCUGAGCACCUUUGUCAGCAAGGAGUCUCAGAGGGGCAUGGGCUGCAUGCCAAAGAGGGGCCUUGAUGUCAACAAGUGUGAAAUAGCCAGGUACUACAAAUUGCUUGAAAAGAAGUGUGAGCCUAUUGUCAUGACUGUACCUCGAAAGUCUGACCUGUUCCAAGACGACUUGUACCCUGACACGGCCGGGCCCGACCCAGCCCUGGAGGCUGAGGAGUGGUUCGACGGCAAGAACGGAGACCCCAUCACAAUGUCCCUCAAAAACGGCUACGUGCCACUCAAGAACCGCGAGUUCAAAGUUGUCAAAAAGAAUGCUCUGGACGCCAAGGUGGCCAAGAAUGUCGAGAACUCAAGCCCAAUUGCCACAAAUACAUCGAUUAAAUCCGAAGCCAAGCUGGAAGAGAUCUUGAAAGAAAUGAAAUCUCUCAAGGACCUGAUCAGCAGUCAGGAGAAGCGACUGGUCAAAAUCGAAGAGCAAAUGUCCAAAAUUGCUAUUUAGGGACCCUUCGCCCGACCUGCUACGAUUCACCACGUUCCAUUGGCUGGGAGUACCGCGGGACCAGUCACUGCCUAUCUCAAUGACAGUGUUUCGUCGAAGGCCUGCCUAGCAUUGAUCCCUAGCAACAUUCCAGUUUAACUUUUUUUAGUUAGCCCCCAACCCGAUACAUAACACAGUUGGAAUAAGAAGGGCGUGGCAACUUUAGCAGAAAAUGUUCCUUUUUUUGGUGACCAAGGACUUUUUCCCUUUUAUUUCAUGGCAGUUUUUGUUUAUUUUCUUGACUUGUACGAAAUGUCUUACACAAUCUAUUCCCCAAAACAUUUAUUGGGGGGGUUAAUUUUCCAAUAUGAGCAUUCCCUAUGUAUUUUUAAAGUAGUGUCUGUUGGCCGUAUUCCAAGAUUGUAAUGUGGGCAAACUGGACUUUUUGUUCUUAUCUUCACUCCGAUGACAUUUUCUUGCUGUUUGAGGCUGCACAAAUCUUCUGUUACUUUCCCUUUUUUCCCUGUCAUUCUCUCUCAUGCUAUGUGCUCGUGCAUUCCUCGACGUGCACUGUGUGCUUGUAAGGAAAGUGAAAGUAAAAAAAUGUUUUGCGCCCCACAAAAAAACAAACGUUCAGCGAAAUUCGCUACACAACUAGUAGUCAGGCAUAACGGGGUUACAUUGCCGUUUGUAGACAAUUUUCAACUAUCUGUUCUGUGUACAAGAUAAUCAGAUCGACCACUCAAUAGAUCUAAAAAAACAAAAAAAUACGAUUAUGUGCCUCAUGUUUUCGGCCUUUUUGGUGUCUUGUCACUGUGGAUGUUCCGUCUUUGCUUCAUGGGGGUGGGUUAUAUGAAUAUUUUGGGUUUGCUUCAAUGGUCUUUUUUUAAUUUUUUUUUUUAAACCCUAUCUCUUGUUCCAGCUGUGCUUAUGUCCCUCUUCGCACUUCCACCUCUAAAUACCUAUCCAGUACAAUUAUCGACAUGGGAACCAUAAGAUUUCCCCUUUUUGAGCUUAUAAAAGCCAAACAUGGGAAGCUGAGACGGGUUAAAAUGUCAAUUGCCUUCCAUGUUUAUUAUGACCACUGAAAAGCCCUGAAAGUGCCAUAAGCGUGAUAAUGAAAGUGUUGUGUGCGUGAGUGUAGUUCUAGUCGUGUAGUAAAAGAAAGAUUUCAAACUACUAUGGGAGAAAAAACGUGCAAAUUCAUCAGAAUUGUUUUCUUUUACCCAAACAUGUCCGACAUGGACCAUUUCAAUAAGCCAAAACAUCCUGAUAAAAACAAGCAGCAGCAUUGAUCUUAGAAACAAGCCAUUUAUAAACCAAGAAGACACAAACAUUGGAAAAGUAGUGACUAGAAAUCCAAAGGGACGCUGUAGGUUGGAAAGAUAAGAUGUGUGUAAUUAAGGUCUCAAAGAGUUACAUCGCUGUACAUACCAUGACCCUUUUUUUUUUCUUUAUUCCUUUGUGGCUGUGCCGAAGAGGGUGUUCGUAAAGGGGGCGGGGUUUUAAAUGUGUACCCUUUUGUCCGUGUUCCCUGCGCCUCGCCAUAUUGCGACUGCAUAACCCUCUUGUUAUAUCGGGGUGCGUGUAUUAAAAUCAAAAAUCAAAGCGAAAGCAAAACCAGGUCGAAGCCUCGCUGAGCGGUGUGCUCAGCAUUUUUUUUUCUUCAUUCUUGCUUCAAGUAUCAAACAUUGAUUAUAAAAAAAUAAAGACUUUUUAAAAUGG